AUGGCUGAAGCAGUAAGUAGUCAUACACCAGAAGUUGGUGGGGAUCGUCAUCUUGAUGAGGCAGAAACUCCAUUAUCCCCUCGUGAGAGCACAGGAAGGAUAAUAAUAAAGGCAAAGAGAAAACUGUUGGAGAAUCUUCAGGAGAAAAGGCGAGACAUCCCUCUUUCAAAACGUUUAAGAGCAGUGGAUUCAGAACACAGUACAGAGUUUGCCGGUGUCCUUAAUCCUAUAGUCGUUCUUACAUGGAUUCAGAACACAGAGAAAGUAUUCCGUAUUUCCCAUGUGGAUAAUGAAGACAAGGCUAAUUACGCAUUUGCAAUAUUAGUUGAUGAAGCCUUGGUCUGGUGGGAAGCAACAUAUGAAGCUCUCAAUGGUUAUGACCAGGAGAACUUGUCCUGGGAGAUGUUCAAGACUCGUCUGCUAGAGAAGUAUUGUCCUCUGGACAUGAGGAUAAGGUUAGAGAAAGAAUUACUAGAACUCAAACAAGAAGGGAAGACGUUGUUCUUGGAAGGGUUACGAUAUAAAAUUUGUGAUUUUGUGAUAAAUCGGGAUGUUCUAUCGUUUGAUAAAGCUAUAGAGUAUGCUCGAAAGCGUGAGCAUGACUUGGAGAUACAUUGUGCCACUCUUUCUGUUUCAAAACUGCCACGUAUUGAACGAACUACUCCUGUUUCCUCUAUGCCACCACCUCAAUGUGUUCGAGCCAAUUCAAAUUCAAGGAUGCAAUCUCAGAAUGCAUCUCGUGGCCGUGGAAGGUCACAAUCUUUUUCUCUUCAGUCACCAUUAUGUAGAAGAUGCGGAAAGAAUCACCAAGGCCAAUGCAGAAUAGAUAAAGGAUCAGUGAUAUGUUAUGGGUGUGGAGAAAUCCGUCACGUAAAACCUGUUUGCCCGAUGAAGAAUUCUUUUGUGUCUCAUGAAUUUGCACAUUCUUUUGAAAUUGCUUGCUAUGCAAUUGCACAACCAUUUCAUGUAGAUACUGCGAUAGUAUGUAUUCCUAUCGAAUGGAAGAAUCCUCUUUACAUCUACGGUGAACAAAGACCUAAAAGCUUAAAAAUAUUCUCUUUCUUAAAAGCUCGUAAGUUCAUAUCGAAAGGAUGUUCUAUCUAUCUGGCCUAUACAGUUGAUACCUCGAAAGAGGAGAAGAAAAGUGUAAAUGAGGUUCCCGUUGUUAACGAGUAUCCUAACGUUUUCCCCGAUGAUUUGCCUGUAUUACCUCCGGACAGGCAAGUGGAAUUCCGAAUCGACCUUGUGCUCGGUGCUGCUCCGAUUGCGAAGACUCCUUAUCGUCUUGCGCCAGCUGAAAUGAAGGAAAUGAUUAUCCAACUGUAG